GCUUUAGUGUAGCUUCUCGUACUGAAUGUUCACGACGACACGAUCUGUAUCUGGCAGUCAUAGAUCUCCUCUUACUAUAGUAAGACGCGAGUGAUGUAUCUUUUCUGUGCAGCUAUUGCUUACAAUCUUGAUUCAGUUGGAGUGUCUUUUGAUCGGUGAAGCGGUCGUGCGAAUCUAGAGCGAGAUUUUUACAGUCUGCCGGGCGGUAAUAGUAAUAUUUAUGGUAGUGACCGUCAUUUAAAUAACGUACGGAUAAGAUAAGGAAUAGUUUGCGAUCGCGAUUCGUAAAGUGCUGAUUCCUCAAGAUCUUGUAGAUCGGUCAGGCAAAAAUAUAGAAUAAAAACAGUUUGGAAGUAAAUUGAUGAUCAGUGCCAUUACAAGAUUCAAAGCAAUUAGAUGGUGAAGUGUUGAUUUAUCUGGUUGCUAAACAAAUUGAUAUUCUCAGCUCUUGUUUGUGGACGGUAUAUUGCUGCAAAAUUUGCAAAAUUUCAACGUUUAAUUUUGGUGAAUCAAAUUAGCAUAUUGCUGAAUCGUCAAGGCACACUUUGCUAUAAGCAAUUCGAAAUACGAACAAGGUUUCUUCGAAAACAAAUCCCCGACCUUGGAAAAAAUGACUCACAAUAAACUUUUUGGGGCCUUAAUACUUGGCAUCCUCUUCGUGAUUUCAACCCACAUUGCACCGACAGAAGGAUGCUCAUGUUCGCCGAAACAUCCGCAAUCGUUUUAUUGUGAAGCUGAUUUUGUGAUAAUUGCUCGAAUACUUCGAAAGUCAGUCAUAUCAAAACCAUAUCAAAAUACUUACAAAAUUGAUAUAAAGAAGGCUUACAAGAUGUCUGAAAAAGCUAAAUCCUAUCUUAAGGAGGGUCGUAUUAUGACAGCAAAAUCUGAAUCCAUGUGCGGCUUAACUUUGGAAAUUGGAAAAAUCUAUGUAAUCGCAGGCAAAAAUGGACCCACUGUGAAUCUUUGCAAUUAUGUCAAAGCAUACAAAGAUAUGACUACAGUUGAACGACGUGGUUUCGCCGGGCUAUAUCGUAAAGGAUGUAAUGCCUGUUCUGUGCGUCUAUGCUUCUACCAAGAACCAUACGCCUGCGAAGACUAUCCUGACUCGUGCGUAUGGAAUCCCUUCAAACGCUGCGAAACUAAAUACAGUUUUUGUGCACCAAGCGGUAGGGGAGGCUGUCACUGGCGAUACACACCAGCUUAUAAAGAAUGCAUAAGGGAGCCCUAAACCUUAACCUCCUCCGAUAUAGUUUCUAGGUUUAAUGUUAUAUGAUAAAAUGUAUAUAAAUUAAUAUAUUUUAUGUUUUUAUUUGACGUAAGCUAAUUAUUAUUUUUUAUACUUUUUUUGUUCAUUUUAUCUCAUAUCUCCAUUGAGGUGAAGUCAGUUAUCGCUAAAUAUAAAAAAAUCUGACUAAAUAACUGUAAAAUUACAAAAAAAUAUGCACCCUCCAUACAAAUGAUGGUUCUUUUUAAUUUAUAAUCGCUGUAACAAUAGAAUUGUAAAAGAAAUAAAAGAUAAUACAAAAGAAA